AUGAUAACUGAUGUUGAAUCCGAGUGGCAGCUGUUUAAGAGAGGCGUACUCGAGGCUGCCGCCGAAUUCUGCAGAUACAAACGGGUUGGCCUGCCGCCUGGAUGUCAGCAAAAAUCUUCAUGGCUGACACGAAAGGUGCAACUGGCAGUUAAGGAGAAGAAAGCAGCGUUCAAGAAAUGGCUUCGAAACAAGGAGCCAUCUUCACGCGUGCGAUAUGCCGAGGCACGUAAGGUGGCAGCCAUAGCAGUGGCAAAAGCCAAGACUGAUUCCUGGGAGAAGUUCGGUGAGGUGUUGGAGUCGAGUUUCCGCACGGCAAACAAAGUGUUCUGGCAGACCAUCCGCCAGCUCAUGAGAACGCAUCUAAAACGAAAAGCGUAG